AUGUCUACUGUUGCACACAUAUUUUACUUUGGUGUUGGGUUCGAGGAAGAUACUCGUGUUUCCGAAUUCAAUAAAGUUAUCAAAAAAGCUAGAGAACCAGAGUUUGACAAUUUCGCUCCAGACAGACUUAAGUUAUUGAAGCUUAAGAACCCUGCUCAAGACAUAUAUUUAGAUUUAGAACGGCCUCCUAUGCCACUUUUUUAUACUGACGGACGUCUUUGGGAUUAUCAAGAAUCGUUUAAAAAUGGACGCGACAAAACAAACACUCCUAUGUUUUGUAUGGUGUCUGGUGCCGAAUGUGGAAAAUCUCGAAAUUCUACAGAGAUUCCUAAAAUACUCCGCAAAAUGUUUGUAAGUGAUCCAGAGUUGGGACUUCGUUUACAAGAAGCUUCUUCAACAUCUCCUUAG